UCUCUUUCCUGAAAUCCGAUAAUUUUAUAUACACUUUGAAGUUUUGAAGUCGAUGAUGAUAAUCUUUAAUAUGCCAUUAAGCAUACGUCAUCUCAUUUUGAUGUUCUGAUAUAUAUAGAUAAAUGAUUCUCUCUCUCUCUAAUCAAUCAUUCUCCUAUUGGUUUUGAUUUUGGAGUUUGAAAGAUCCAUCCAUCCAUCUUCUGCUGCUGCUGCUUUAUCUGGAAUCUCUCUCUCAGCCAAUUAUCCUUCCAAACUUCCAUCAUCACUCGAUUCCAAGUUUUGCUGCAUUUAAUCAAUUUUCCGGCCAAAUGGUUUCGCCGGAGACUGCUACGACUACGAAUUGGCUUUAUGACUACGGAUUUGACGAUAUCCCCAAUUUCUCGUCUCCAUAUUCUGGAUUUUCUUGGCCCUUGAAUAAUACGCCCUCAAAUGUAAGAGUUGGAAUUGAGGGAUCAUUUGGGGAGAAGCCUAUUACGCAUAGGGAAGCUGCUGCAAGUUCAAACAAACGAGCUAGAGCUGAACCAUGUCCUCCGGCGAGCUCGAAAGCGUGCAAGGAGAAGCAACGGAGGGAUAGGCUGAACGACAAGUUCACGGAAUUGAGUGCUCUCCUCGAGCCCGGGAGGCCUCCAAAAAUAGAUAAGUCCGCAAUUUUGGUAGACGCAGCUCGUAUGGUAACUCAGCUAAGAGAUGAAGCUCAAAAACUUAAGGACCUAAAUGUUAAUCUUCGAGAAAAUAUUAAAGAGUUGAAGGCUGAGAAAAAUGAGCUUCGCGAUGAGAAACAAAAGUUGAGGACCGAAAGGGAGAACCUGGAGAAGCAAGUAAAGACAGUAUACGGCCCCAACCCUCAGCCAGGAUUUCUACCUCCGCCUCCUGCCGUUCAUGCUGCUUUUGCCGCUCAGAGCCAAGCUUCCAGUAACAAACUGAUGCCAUUUAUCGGGUACCCCAGCAUUGCCAUGUGGCAGUUCAUGUCGCCCGCUGCUGUGGAUACAUCUGAGGACCACAUACUUCGCCCACCGGUCGCCUAAGGCGACUAGAAUCCUGCAUCCAGUUGUCGCAUUAUUGAAUUAGUCUCGAAUCUUUACUUUCAUAAGCUUUUGCCUGAGAUUGUAUUGUCGAAAUGAUGCCUCUGUUGGUGCAACUUCUUUAUCAAUGUGAUGAUGUGAUCGAACACAGUUUAUAUA